AUGUUUGGCUUUCGGGACAAGAAAGACCAGCAGCCAUCUCCCGAUGGCUCGCUAGAUGCCGAGCCUGGCGAAAAGAGCCAGAAAAACUACUACCACCCCGAUAUCCCCAAUGGCGCAACGGUUCAACAUGACGCCCUUGAUGUCGUCUGCCCCCCUCACACCAGCGAGAAGAAACUCAUGCGGAAGAUCGACUCCCGAGUCAUCCCCUUCCUCUGCAUCUUAUAUCUUCUCGCCUUCCUCGACCGAGUCAACAUCGCCAACGCCAAAUCUUUCGGAUUGGCCGCAGAUCUAAGCCUCAAGAGCACUGAGUACAACACUGCUCUCACCAUCUUUUUCGUGCCGUACAUUAUUUUCGAGAUUCCGUCAAAUGUGCUUCUCAAGCAGCUGAGUCCGAGAGUCUGGCUCUCGGGCUGCAUGUUCAUGUUCGGCAUCGCAGCCAUCUGUCAAGGUCUCGUCUCCAAUUACGGCGGUCUCCUCGCCUGCCGAUUCUUCCUCGGCGUCUUUGAAGCUGGCAUGUUUCCGGGCUGCUUCUACUUGAUCGGGAUGUGGUAUAAACGCUCGGAAGCUCAAAAACGCUACUCCUUCUUCUUCAGCAGCACCUCUCUUGCCGGCGCCUUCGGCGGCCUCCUCGCUUCUGCGAUUGGCAACAUGGACCACAUACGGGGUUACAGAGCGUGGCGCUGGAUCUUCAUCCUCGAAGGCACACUCACCUGCGUCGUCGCCCUCCUCUUCUUCUUCGUGCUGCCCUCUUUCCCCGAAGACGCCAAGUGGCUUUCUUCUGACGAGCGCGAGUACGUGAAAGCCCGCCUCCGGGCCGACCAGGGCCGAUCCGCCGCAGAACGCAAGAUCACCCUGCGAGACGUCGGCCGCGUCUUCCAAGACUUCAAGAUCAUCCUCGGCGGAUUCAUGUACUUUGGUAUGAUCGUGCCAGCCUAUGGGUACGCCUUCUUCGCCCCCGGCAUUAUAGGCACGUACGGAUACUCGCCUAUCCAGACCCAGCUACACAGCGUGCCGCCGUGGGCGUGCGCUUUCGGAUUCUCCAUGAUCGUGGCCGUUUGCUCGGAUUUCGCGAGACACCGCUUCGCAUUCACGCUCAUCCCCAUUUCCGUCGCCAUCACAGGCUUUGCCAUCUUAAUAUCGAUCCAUGAUAACACAGACGUGCAAUAUCUCGGCCUCUUUUUCAUUGCCAUGGGCGCCUACUCCGCUAUGCCUGUGAUUGUCUGUUGGUUUAACAUGAACCUUGGGGGACAUCACCGGCGAGCAGUGGGCUCGGCGUGGCAGGUGGGCUUCGGCAACAUCGGCGGCAUAAUUGCGACGUAUGCUUUCCUACCCGGGGAUGCGCCCGAGUAUAAGACGGGGUAUAGCAUCUGUCUUGGGUUCUUGUGCUUGAGUGCUGCGAGUUGCUGUCUCUAUGCUGGCGCGGUGGUGUGGGAGAAUCGGAAGAGAGAGAGGCGCGGGGUGGAUGAGAGGUUGAGUGAGUAUGAGAAGACGGAGAUGGGGGACUUGAGUCCGGAUUAUCGUUACCUUUUGUGA